AUGCCGGAAGAAAAAAUAUUCAACAGAGAACCGGAUAGAGGUCGUAAGGCCCCGAACACGCUGGCUGCACGCGCCCUGUUCCAGCCCUGUUCCCAGCCCCUGACCAGCCCCACUCCCCUGUUCCCACCCCCUGUUCCCAGCCUGACCCAGCCCACCCCACCCCACCCAGCUCCCCACUGUUCCACCCCUGCCCCUGUUCCUGUUCACCAGGCCCUGUUCCUGUUCCCUGUUCCUGUUCCCUGCUGUUCCCACUCCACCCCACUGUUCCCUGUUCCACUCCACCCCUGUUCCAGCCCUGUUCCUGCCACUGUUCCUGUUCCCACCCCACUCCCACCUCAGCCCUGUCUCCAGCCCACCCCAGCCUCAGCCUGCAGCCUGUCUCCCACCACCUGUCUGUUCCCAGCCCCACCCUGUUCCUGUUCCUGUUCCCAGCCCCACCCCACGUCUCCCAGGCUGUUCCUGUUCACCCCACCCCUGUUCCCACCAGCACCCCAGCCCCACCCUGUUCCUGCACCCCUGUUCCCAGCCCCUGUUCCUGUUCCCACCACCCUGUCUCUGUCUGUCCCAGCUCCCCCUGUUCACCUGUCUCCCACCUCAGCCUCACCAGCUCCCACCUCAGCCCUGUUCACCUGUUCCCACCCCAGCUCCAGCCUCACCCCUGUUCCACCUGUUCAGCCUCCCACCCCACCUGUCUCCUGUUCACCCCACCCACCAGCCCCACCUUCCACCCCACUCCAGCUGCCCACCCCUGUUCCCAGCCCCAGCCCUGUUCACUCCACCACCCCUGUUCCCAGCCCCACCUGUUCCCCCAGCCUCAGUUCCCACCCCAGUUCUGUUCUGUUCCAGCCCAGCCCUGUUCACCCCUGUUCCUGUUCCCCUGUUCUGUUCCACCCCUGUUCCCCUGUUCCCACUGUCUCCUGUCUGUUCGUUCCUGUUCCUGUUCCUGUUCACCCCACCCUGUUCCACCUCCUGUCUGUCCCCAGCCCCACCCCACCCUGUUCCACCCUGUUCAGCCUCCCACCUGUUCCCUGUCUCAGUUCCACCCUGUUAGCUGUUCAGCCUCACCCCAGCUCAGCCCUGUCUUUAGCUUAG